AUGAGCUCUGUCACCCAGCCCAUCAACUUUCCUACCCGCCCCUCCUUCUCUUCCUUUUCCUCUCCCUCUUCUCCCAGCUCUUCCCCAUCCCGCUCCAACUCGUACGACCUCUCCACUAGCCCGCGAGUCAGCACCUCUCCUGCGUCCCACCCCUGCCCCCACAUGAGCCAGCUCGUCCAGAGCCUGAAACAGGCCUGGGGCACAAAACAGGACAGCAGGCAGGAGAAGAGGUGGUAG